AUGACGCCAUUCCAGGCCGUCUAUGGUUAUCCUCCUCCAACAGUUUCAUCGUACCUUCCAGGUUCCUCACCGGUACACUUAGUGGAUGUCACUCUCAAAGAUAGGGACACUCUCCUCAAGCAUUUGCGGGAGAAUUUGCAACUGGCCCAACAUCGAAUGCGUCAACAAGCCGACAAGCACAGAUCGGAAAGAGUUUUUACGGUCGGAGAUUGGGUGUUCCUCAAACUCCAACCGUAUCGCCAAACCUCUGUCUCCAAGACUCACUGCCCCAAGCUCGCACCCCGCUAUUACGGGCCCUUCCAGGUGCUCGCCCGCGUCGGCCCGGUUGCCUACACAUUGGACCUUCCCCCUCAAUCCCGCAUUCACCCCACUUUUCACGUGUCGCUGCUCAAGCCGAAACUGGGUACACAUGCGGUUGCCUCUGCAAUCCUGCCACCCAUCGCUGCUGAUGGCUCUUUCCUGUGGUUCCCUGAACUGGUCCUCCAACGUGGUAUGUUCAAAAAGGCCAACAAAGCUGUCACCCGCUGGUUGAUCAAAUGGCAAGGGCUGCCCGAACACGACGCCACUUGGGAAGAUGCAGACUCCAUCGUGCGUCGUUUUCCAGAGUUCAACGCCUGA